AUGUUUCGUCGAUCGAAAUCCCAGCCGGUCGCAACUCGGCCAGCUCCCCCGCCGCCGUACGUCUUAUCAAAAGCUGCAGCUCCCGAAAAAACUACGAAAAGCCUGGUUUCGAUUUGUUGGUUGUGCCAAAUUAUUUUGACCACCCGUCUUGUUAAUGAACUGUACGUUGAGCUUGAAUGUGGAGCCCUUGUUCAUGAGGCCUGCUUCAACUUACGAAUGGAACAUCAACAGAGAAAGUUGGCCAAAGAUGAUUCUGAGUUGAACCCCGCUCAGAUCCGUAAGCGUCUUUUCCCUCAAUGUGAGUGUGGCUGUGAUAAGACGGCCAUUCCCAAAGAUGAAGCCUUGAUUGACGGCUAUAUGACUCGAGCCCUUGAAAUGCAAACCCCUAGUCCCAAAUAUAACCGGAACCUCGCUCCGUUUGCCCGUACGUUUUCAAUCAGCAACUCCGAGAUUAGUGUGGAGACCCCGUUGACCCUGGUGACCACCAGUAGCAUAUCAAAACGAGUAUCGAGUCUUAGAGGUCUGAAAUUACCGCCGCCUCCGAUAUUACUGCGGGUGCUGAGCCUGGAGUCAUUACUAGAGGCUCUGAUAGCUCCUUCUAUCGUGCUGGUGGAUCCCAGUACACCUCAAUUGCAGCAAUAUGAGAACGUUACCUACGACAAUUUACUCACGGCAUUUUUGACCCACAUCAUGGUUCGCUUCCCUCUGCUUAGCAUGGGCAACUUGUUCCAGAUGGGGAAACUUCGGCUUGCCGACAUGUUGUCGGUGUCGUUUGAUGAGGGUGUACUGUGGCGUCCAAGUCUUGUCUACUUGUUUGAACACACCUUAGUGCUUGAAUGGCAACCACAAAUUCCCAUGGUGAUCAAAGUGGCUACCUACCGGGCUCGAGGGUUAAACUUCCCCGGAGCAGUAGAAUUGAGUUCAUUUGAAGAAGGAGAAGAGAAGACGCGGGUCUGGUUCAAACUGGACCCGAUUCUGGUGGUCGAAAAAUGGCAGUGUGCGUUCCUUGAGCCUGGUCUCGAAUUCCCCACCCAAUUUUUGCUGCUGACCAUCAACUUAGACUUGCCUCCCCUGACCCCCAGUUUCUCCGAAGCGCUGGUAGCUCUGGACGAUUCUACAAGUGUGGCGAGUUCACUCAAACUACCACAAAAUAGUUUGCAAUCGCCAUUCAGUCUCGAGCUCCCAUUGCGACAACAAUCACUUACUGGAAACGACACUGAAAUAACGUCACCGCUUCAACUAAAGCGAGUGUCGAAACAAUUGGAAACAAUCAAUGAAAUUGAUCUGACCCCGAGACUGCUGGCGCCAGCGACAAUACCUAAAAGUUUGGAUCCCAAGGGCCAUCAGUGGCAACCAGGGAAAGAAACCCAGCCAUUUUCUGCCAAUAUAACACUAGUCAACGAUAGCGAUUAUAGUGACGACGAUGACGACGUGGACCUGGAUCAAGAGUUGAUUAGUGCCAGUGUUGCCGCGCGCAUCGAAAAGGAAUGGACUAGUUUGAUUGCCGAAGUUGAUGAGGCUAUCAUGAGUGGCUGA